UUUUCGAUUUAAAUUACGCUUUUAGUUUCAAAUUCAUCUUUUCCGCGAGCAGUCGAAAUAUUCAAAAUGUGCAAUUUAAAAAUCAACUCAGUUCUUUUCUUGGUAGUACUCGAAAUAUUCUUUGUGGCCACAGCUGCCUUCGACGAGACGUGCGAAUCCGACCGAGAAAUGGAAAAACAGUGCCGCUUGCAUAACUAUAAAACUGUGAAACCUUUGCUUGAUUAUUUUAGGCAAGUUCGAAAUGAGUUAGAAGACAAAGAAAUUAAGGAAAAUAAGUUAAAUGAAUUAAAUGCGGAUCUUAUGGAAAAGUAUCAUGAAAUUGUGAGAAUUCAUGACAAAUUCAUGAAUGAGGCAGCUCUAUUAGAUGAAUAUAAAAACAAAGUACUUAAAUGGGAAAACGAUUUGCAAUCGUGUCAAAAUAAAGCUUAUAAAUUCGAAUCUGAAAUUAAUUCAAAACAAAAUAUUAUUGUGAAAUUAAAAGGAGAAUUAGCUGAUAAAUCCGCCAACUUAGAAAACUGCGAACUUCAAUUCAAAAAUCUUAAUUUAAGCUUAAUUGAAAAAGAUGAAAAUAUUAAGAGAUUUAGUGAGAAUAUUCAAAAUAAUAUUAAACAUCAGAAAACACUUGAGUUGAAAUUAGAGAAGAGUAAAUCUAUAUUAAUAAAGAAAGAUAAAGAUAUUCAGUUAUGCCAAUCUGAAAUUGAUACAUGGAACAGGACAUCAGAAAAUAUCAGAGAGCAACAGAAAAAAAUUGAAUUGGAAUUAAAAGAGAGCGAAACUAAGUUAAUAGAUAAAGCGAAAGAAAUUCAGCUAUGUCAAGCUAAGAUUGUUAAGUUAAGUGCCACUUCUUGCAUCCCUUUUAGAGAUUCAGAUGUUCAUCAACUUAACGUCCGUGGCAUAGGUUUAUUCGAUGUUUUAUGUGAUAAUCAGUUAGCUGGACCUGGAUGGAUUGUAAUACAACAACGAGUUGGGGGAAAUGAGAGUUUCAAUAGGGAUUGGGCAACGUAUCGCAAAGGUUUCGGUUCUUAUAGGAGCGAUUUCUUCCUCGGACUCGAGAAAAUACAUCGUAUCACGAGCUUGCAGCGAUUCGAACUUUAUAUACAUUUGGUUGCUCUGAAUGGAAGUACCUACAAUGCUCGUUAUGACGACUUUAAAAUGUCUGAUGAAGACAGUGGAUAUAAACUGAGUUUGGGUAAAUUCAGUGGAACUAUUAUUGAGGAUGCGAUGAGACACUCUGAAAACUGGAAAUUUGUAACAUUCGAUCGCGACAAUGACAUUGGUGAUGGUAAUUGCGCAGUUAUUUACAAAAGUGGCUGGUGGCACAAGAAUUGUUAUAAUUGUAAUUUAAAUGCACCAUAUGGACCCAAUCUAAAUUGGUAUGUGAAAAAUAAAAUCGAGCUUAAAGAAGCUAAGAUGCUAAUUCGCCCCAAAGAAGCGAUGAAGAAGUGAACAACUGAAGAGUUGAAAUUCAAAUAUUUGACUCAAUUAUGUAAUCAUUUAUAUAUGUAUAAUUGGUUGAUUAAAAUGUUGCGUUCUAAAUAAAAACAAGUAAGAAAGCUACAGUCGAGUGUGCUCGACUGUGAGAUACCCGCUACUAAUCUCAAAAUAUUAAAAAUAAAUAUGCAUGUAUUCUCGAUCGGGAUUUGAGCUUGAGCACCACCGACCGGGUGGUUAAAAAAAAAAAAGUUUAAACCCCGAGCGGGCUCGAACUCGAGCACCACAAAAUGCUCGGAUUGCACUCUACCACCUGAUCUAUCGCAUUGCUUAUGAACCCUCUAUGCAUAUAGAUACUAAUAUAGACGAGCAUGUAUAUACAUGUAUAUACGUAUACGCAUAUAUACAAUACAUAGCAGGCGUUUUUGCCCAUACAAAACUAUUUCUUUAAUAACAUCUACAAUUUUUAUUUAUAAAGCACAAAGUUAUAAUACCCUUUUACCCUAUAGGUAGCGGGUAUAAAAAGACACAACAUUAUUGCUAUUAAACCUUUUCCCUUUCAAUAUCGCUUUCGUGAGCCACACAGCUGCUGCUUAGUUUGAAAUUUAAUUAGUUCAAGAUCUCUUUUUUAUUUACAAGUUUUAUUAUUAUUGACUGGAACAUCGAGAACUCUUAACGAAUUAUUGAAUUUGGAGAACAGUAGAAACUCAGUUCAGAGAAUAUCCGCAAACACAUCAAUUAAUAAUAAUACUUAACAGAAAACAUAAUAUAUAUAAUAUUUAAUAUGUUUUACAAAUUUUAAAACUUUUUGCUUUAUGAUUUUUAUACUUUUUUAACUUUUUAAUUU